CAGGGCCGUGAGUAGACAAAGGAACCCGGCGUGUUAUCCUGUCAGAGGUCCCAGAUAAGAGUGUGCACUAACCUUCCCAUCAUGCACUGCAGAACGGAAAGGGGCGGAGCCUGUAGUAGAUUACGGAUAUAUGUUGAUGAGAUGAUGUAAAGCAGAAAUGUGGAAUGUAAAGACGAGGUGUAAUGAUGAUCUUCUGGACUGAGUAUUAACCCCUGCUUCUCUCUCUCUGGAUGUUCAGAUGUCUGAAGGAGGUGGAGAGGAGACGACAACGACGAUGACGACGAUGAUGAAGAUGAAGAGUGCAGUGGCUGAGGGUCGUCUGGAGGUUCUGCAGAUCUACAAGCUCCUGCAGUUAGUGCGGGAGGGAAAUAAAGCUCAGGUGGAGAAGAUGGUGCGUCUCGGUGUGCCCAACCUGAUCAGCCUGACAGAACCGAGCGAGGGAACCGGUGUCCUUCACCAGACCUCCAUCUCCAACGACCUGGACAUGGCUGAGCUCCUCCUGUCUCUGGGAGCUCACCCUGAUGUCCAGGAUAAGAGAGGACGCACUCCAGUGAUACUCGCCGCAGAACUCGGCCAUGACGCCAUGCUGGCUCUCCUGGCGAAGAACCACGCUGACAUGAACCUGGUGGAUAACGAGGGGAAAGGAGUGCUGUUUUACUGCAUCUCUCCGUCGCAGAGGCACACACGCUGCCUGCAGGUGGCGCUCAGCAACAAAGCGGACGUCAACAACGUGUCCAACGCGGGGAAACCGGUGUUCCUGCUCGCCUGUGAGCACGCCAGCGAGUGUGAGAACAUCUGCAUCAGGAUUUUAGAGGGCGGAGCUGAUCCCAACGCCACCGAUCAGGUAACAGGGCGGACGGCUCUGAUGGAAGCGGCGAGGGCCGGCUCAGUGGCGUUAGUGAGACACAUCCUGCAGAGAGGAGGAAACCCGAACACGGCGGAUAAACAGCAGCAGAACGCCGCUCAGCUCGCUGCAGCCGGAGGAUUCUUCCAGGUGUUGCGUGUGUUGUCAGCGUACCAGGCUGAUUUCAGUGCGGCGUGUGUGGAGGGAAACUCGGCUCUGCACGUGUCUGCAGCUGGAGGUCACACUGAGUGCUGCAGGUUUCUGGCACAGAGAGGAUGCUACCCGAAGCUGAAGAACAUGAACGGUUUGGUUCCACGUCAGAUCGCAAAAGCACACGGCCACAGGGCGGCGCUGAAGGAGCUGCAGAAGGCAGAGCGAGUGUUUACAAAGUUCUCCAAACCCGGAGUGGUUAAUCCCAACGAGCUCUGGGCUCUCACACUGCACGACUGGUCAUGUGAACAUGAGGAAGCGCUGAGGAACGCCUUCCAGCUCGCCGAGGAGGCCGACGCUCCUGUGGAGAAAGUCUCAAGGGAGAAGUUUGCGUACGUCCUGCAGGAACAUCACGCUCCCGUGGAUCAGGAGCACCUGCAGAAGAUCAUCGCUGACCACGACAAGAAGCAUGAAGGUGUGAUUAACAUCAGCGACUUCUUCAAGGGACUGCAGUACCUUCAGAAAGCGUACGUCCUGUCGUCCUACGAGCCCAAGACGAAGAAGAAGAAAGGCGGGAAAGGCAGAAAGGGCGGGAAAGGGAAGAUGAAGAAAGGGAAGUCUGUGGUUCCUCUGCCCAUCUGCACACUUCCUCCAGACAUCAUGGAGAAAAGACCAGACGGCGGUCCGCAGUUCAUGAUUGAGAGUUAUCAGCCCUUCACCGAUACCAAGCGAUUCGACCGUGACCGUCCGCCUUCUCACCCCGUGGAGGACGACUCGGCCUGGUACGUGGACGAGCCGCAGAAGAUCUACACCAACAUCAACCGCUGUGUCCGAACCGGAGACUUCGAGUCGCUGUGUUUAGCGUUCAGUCAGCGUCUCCCCGUGGACAUCAGAGACCGCUUCUACAAAACACCGCUCAUGGCUGCAUGCAGCAGCGGGAGCUACGAGAUGGCCGAGUUCCUCAUCACACUCGGGGCAGAUGUGAACGCCUGUGAUCAGUUUAAAUGGACUCCUCUUCAUCACGCGUGUCACGCUGGACAGCAGGACAUCAUGGAGCUGUUAGUGAAACACGGAGCGGAGGUGGACGCUGUGGCGUUAAACGGAGCCACGCCCCUAAUGAAGGCCAUCGAGAGCUGCAGACUCUCCUGCGUACAUCAACUCAUCACAUCCAACGCUAACGUACAGGCCACAAACAACAAGGGACAGAGCUGUUUGGACAUCGCCGGUGUGUACGGAGACGAGAGGAUCAUCGAUCUGGUCAAAACAAAGUUCGAGAGCCUUCCAAAGAGCAAAGACAACAAGAAGGGAAAUGGAGGAAAAGUGAGAGCAGCACCUCAGCACACAGCGCCUCCUACAGGAGAGACGGAGAAACUGACAGAGAGAGAGGCUGAAGCUGUUCUACCGGACCUGAAGGAGAAGAGAGUGAAGCUGAAAGAACACAUCAUAACCGUGAACCAGCACUUCACCGUCACCUCCAACACACACGACAUUCAGUUCACACCUAAAACUGUGUGGGGGAAGAGGUUAGCAUCUUCCGCUCAGCAUAUGGAGCGGAGAGUGGACAGGAGGAAUCGCCUCUCACAUGAAGUGGAUUUCAGUGACUUUGUGAUGCCGUUUAAUAAAAACCUGACGAGGAAGCUGAGGGAAGUGGGCGGGGCUGAGGACGAGUAGAGGAAUACAACAGUAAAGGAACGUAAGCGGAUCGUCUCAGAGGAACCUCGGUUCCGUUCGUCCUCAUGAACAGAUCAGAUGUCUGCUGAACAAAACAAACACACUUCAGAAACCUGAACCUGGAGAGAAACUGGAAACGUGGAGCUCAGAGCCGACCUCGCUCUUCUUCUGCAUCAUCCGUAUCAUCUUUAUCCAAAGAAAUAAAGGUGUUAAAUUCAUCAUGUACACCACAGCGCUGCUGAGUUCUGCACUCUGAUUGGUCGUCAGGUGUUGAUUAAUUCUCUAGAACAGCGGCUCUGACAGUAGCGCAGGUUUAUAUUAAUGCACUCGCUCUGAUACGGUAUCGUUUCUAUAGCAACAGCUCAUUCACAGCUCACGCACGUGUACAGCGGACGCUCCACAUAAACAGAUUAAAAAGCGUGUGUAACCGUUGAUUUCUGUAAGGAGAUGUUUAUGUAACAUUUAUGGAAGGAGUCUCCAGUGUCAGUGCUUUGUUACAGUGAGAGGAGUUAACGCUUUAUUUUCUUCUUUAUUUAACUUCAUGAGAGAGAAUAAAGAGCGGCUGGUGAGGGAACGACUGAUUCUAGCUGCUAUAACGUAAGUGACAACAGGAACUAACUUGCUUCAUGGAACAUUAGGUGUAACUAUAAACAGAUAAAAAGUAUGACAUUCUUUAAUAAAUAAAAGAAUGCGAUUGUUAGUAAAUUGCUGUUAAUUAAUCAGAUCAAAUCUAAUAUUAGCUACGAUAUGCUAGCAGAGUGGAGCUGGAGCAAUAAAACCCCACGUGAUCAUGAACACACUGUGAACUGUUAGCGUCAAAACAGUUUUAAACUUAAAUAUGAAUAAAUUUUACACUUUAAUUAUAACAUUAACACCACCCACUUCCUGUGUGGUCACAUGACACAGCCUAACCAAUCCGACAGCAGGGAGACGUCCAUAGUGAUGAAAUAGCGGAUUAUAAACAUCAGCAAAUAUCGCAGUGUCUGAAUA